UUAUUUCUUCACUUUUUUUAUCCACACUUUUCAAAUAACAGUUUCCCAAAUUAGACGAAUCAUCUGGUUUGAGAUUAUGUGAAACCUUGGGCGGGGUAACGUCGACCCCUUCCUCAUCGAUUUUGUCUCGUUUCCUCUCACGCCAUUGCCAGAAGCGGUUGGUGCCGGUGAGCUUGGAGAGAAUCUCUUCUGAUUCUUGGGGACUACUACAGAUCUACAUCAUCUUCGGGUCAUUCUAUCAGGAUGGCAACAGAUGUGGCAUAUCCCCCUAGGGGAACUCGUGUUUAUGUGGGUGGCCUUAGUGAGAGUAUCAAGAAAGAGGAUUUAGAAAUGGAAUUUGAGAAAUAUGGGAAGUUGAAUAAUGUCUGGGUGGCAUUUAAUCCUCCUGGGUUUGCUUUCAUAGAGUUUGCUAAUAUUGAUGAUGCUGAAUCAGCUUGUGAUAACUUAAAUGGAACUGAAAUAAUGGGUUCAAAGUUGAGGGUUGAAAUUUCAAGAGGUAGGGGCCGUGGAAGGGCUGGGGGCAGAGUUGGUGGAUUCAGGGGCCGUUCUAAUGGCAGAGGAUUCUUUCCUCGAGGAGGCUCUAGGGGAAGCUACAUGCCUGAUAGGGGUGGUUUCCGUGGAGGAAGAGGAACCAGGGGUAGUUUCCGUGGGGGCAGAGGCCGCUAUGACGAUUAUGGGUCUGGCCGUGGAGGUUAUGGAGGCAGCCGUGAUUAUGGUCGGUCUUCAAGUCGAGACAGCUACGAUGGCAAUGGCUACUACAGUGGCAGAGAUUCAGGCUCGUCACGGUAUAGAAGCCGCUCUCCUGUUGGGCGAGGAAGCUCCAGGGACUAUGGAAGUUCGGAAGGUUCAUUUGGCUACGGUCGAUCAGGCGAUGGUUACUAAGGGAGAGGCAACGAAAAUGAAGAACUCAGUCCCCCAUUCUUCGAGGACAGUUAUGAUCUACGACAGAGAGGGGAUAUCAAUUGAACCACAAUCGUGGUCAGUUCAUCUGACAAAGAUCGGCGAAAGUGCUCGGAGACCUCGACGACAAUCGCCGAAGCAGUGGCUUUUUUAGUGUACCAGUGUUGUGUUAAUUUGAAAUAUGUGAAAUACUCUGUAUAUAUACAUUCAGACAAUGUUCUCCACAAAGGAGACUGAAUCAAAGGUGAACUUUCUUUUACUAAAAUUAAAUUGGUCAGAAUUCCAUUCCGCAUUUUCAAAGUGUUUUUUUUUACCAUUUGGUAAUAAAUGUUUUCUUAGUAUAUAUUGUUUUUUUUCAAUUUUUAAUUCGUAUGUAUCUUGACUGUACCUUCAAACUUUGGCCUGUUUAGGGAAUGACUAGAAAAUUUUGUAUAUAGAAAUUAAUGGGAAAAUGACAAUGCUCAAUGAUCUGAUUUGUAUACAUGCAGCUGAAUUAAUAUUCUUUCAGUAUUAAUUUCUUGGUGCUAAUUAAGGGACCGUGUUUGAAUAAAGUUCUUAAAAUAGUAAUUUUAUUUUGAGUGCCUCAGCUGCCUUCAAUGAAGAUCUAUGCCAUUACUGCUACAAUGUAUCUUCAGUUUGAAUUUGUAUGGUCAUCUGAGUAGGAAAUGUGAAACAAUUCAAUUGGAUGGUGUCACCUGCAGUAGUUUUUAUGCAGUUAAAGAAGAUCUUGUUUUGGAACUACUUUUAAUUAAAUCUUAUUCUGCAGUCGAGUUUUUGGAAGUGGUGAAACAUUGACCUGCUUAGCUAAUUGGACUGGAUAUACUGGUCUUCCAUUAAGAUGGAAAGCGGUUAAUUCUAAUUUUAUUGAUGGAUUUUAUUAGGAUUUUUUUUAACUCCUUAGCAUAAAAUUUUAACUUUAUUUUGGACCUUGUAGGUAAGAUUAAGCAGGUGACAUUGUAGAAAAAUUAAGAAUGGGGAAUGUGUAGGAAGGAUUUAAAUGUGUUGAAUAAACAUCUAAAUCUUAAU